UACAACUGACGUCUCGCGAGACUGAACGCAGUUUUCUAGCCAGUAGUGUGGUGUGCGUGCGCGACAGAGAAAAGGAAAUAUGGCGACACAGGAGAGUGAAGCAGUCAAAGCUACUGUGAGCAACGGCGAGGUGAGCAGCAAUGGAACUGCUGCAGCAGCAGAUGGCCAGACUGUGCAGACGACUGGAAACGCACAGGACCCUCAGCAGCAGCAGCAGCAGCAGCAGCAACAACAACAAGCACCUAAUGCAUGGCAGGUCAUUAAAGGAGUCCUCUUCAGAAUCUUCAUAAUCUGGGCGAUCAGUAGCUGGUUCCGCCGAGGGCCAUCCACGCCGGACCCCAACACGCCAGCAGGGGCACCCAGGGUACCCAGCAGGAACCUCUUCCCCAAAGACACCCUCAUGGACCUGUAUGUGUACGUGUCCCAGGAGGAGGUAUUCUCCAACUUCAACGACACAGAAGCCCUGUUCUGGUUUCACAGGGACCUGGUUUAUGGAGACUGGACCAUUGGGGAGAGUGGGGACGGCUGCUACCAGCACUAUAAAGAGAUGGACAUCCCAGAGAAAGUGCAGCAGAAUGGCUCCCUUUACAUACACAUUUAUUUCACUAAAAGUGGAUUCCAACCAGAUCCCAAACGCAAGGGACAGUAUCGCAGACUGGCAACAGUUCAUGCAACACGAAUGCUGAAUAAAUUCAAGCGAAGAAAAUUUCUGAAGACCAAGAAUCUGUUGACAGGAGUGACGGAAGCAGAUCCUGAAAUGAUCAGGCGGGCAGAGAGUCACGGUCCAGUGGAGAUCAUCUCUCACUGGCACCCCAACCUCACCAUCAACAUGGUGGAUGACCAUACUGCCUGGGUCAAAGGUUCUGUUCCCCCUCCUUUAGACCAGUAUGUUAAGUUUGAUGCAGUAAGUGGUGACUACUACCCCAUUGUGUACUUCAAUGAUUACUGGAACCUUCAGAAGGACUACUAUCCCAUCAACGAGACUCUGACAAAACUCCCACUGCGCCUCACCUACUGCCCACUGUCUCUGUGGCGCUGGCAGCUGUACGCUGCCCAGAACGCUCGCUCACCAUGGAACUUCCUGCCUGAGGACACCUACGAGCAGUCUGACGAAGACCAAGACUCUGUCAAGGUAGCCCUUUUGGAAACCAACCCGUAUCUGCUGGGACUCACCAUUGUGGUCUCCAUUGUGCACAGCAUCUUUGAGUUUCUCGCCUUCAAGAAUGAUAUCCAGUUCUGGAACAGCAGACAGUCUCUCGAGGGUCUGUCUGUGCGCUCCAUCAUAUUUGGAGUCUUCCAGUCUCUGGUGGUGCUGCUGUACAUACUGGACAAUGAAACCAACUUUGUGGUGCAGGUCAGCGUCUUCAUCGGCCUUCUUAUUGACCUGUGGAAAAUCACCAAGGUUAUGGACAUCAGAUUGGACAGAGAGAACAAAAUUGUAGGUGUUUUCCCAAGAUUGGUAUUCACAGACAAGUCAACAUAUGUGGAGUCUUCGACUAAGAUCUAUGAUGAUAUGGCCUUCAAGUACUUGUCGUGGCUGCUCUACCCUCUGUUUGGCUGCUAUGCCGUCUACAGUUUAUUGUAUGUAGAGCACAAAGGCUGGUAUUCAUGGGUACUCAGCAUGCUCUAUGGAUUCUUGUUAACCUUUGGUUUCAUUACAAUGACGCCGCAGCUGUUCAUCAACUACAAAAUGAAGUCUGUGGCCCACCUCCCGUGGAGGAUGCUCACCUACAAGGCUCUCAAUACCUUUAUUGAUGACCUGUUUGCCUUUGUCAUCAAGAUGCCCAUGAUGUACAGGAUAGGAUGCCUCAGAGAUGAUGUGGUGUUCUUCAUCUACCUUUACCAGCGCUGGAUCUAUCGAGUCGAUCCCAACAGGGUCAACGAGUUUGGCACCAGCGGAGUAGACCAUGCCCAGAAUAACACAGCAGCGGCAGACACUGCUCCUGAUGCAGCAGCCGCCAUCACAGACAAACCAGAAGGGGAGAAGAAGAACGAUUAAGCAGGACCACACCCUUUUCUGCCUGCUGCCUGGUUCUCACUGCUGGGGCGAGGAGUGCUUGUGGAUAUUAGGCAGGGAGGGGAGGUGUGGUUUAGCUGUUAUGGACGCCACUACUUAAAAAAAAAAAAAUGCAGUUUAACUGUUUCCUCUGAUUUCUGUGUGGAUCCACAGAGAAACAUAUUCAGUGUAGACUGGUUUAUUCUUAUUUCUGUUCCCUGCCCUCUCGUUUUGCAGUUCAAGUGAAGUAAAACAAAACGUGAUGUACUGUAUUCUGUAUGAUUUUUCAGAGGGUAACUGUCUUGGAGUAGAUGUUGGGAGGGGAACAGGUUGCAGUUAUACUAUUUUCUUUGUCCAUGCAGGGAAGAAAGAGGCCAAGUGAAACUUUUAUUCUUUGUGUAGAUUCCUUGUUUUUUUUUUCCUUUUCAUUCCAUGUGAACACCAUGUUUCAGAUUUCCUGGAAACUGGUGUGUAGCGCUGGAGGAAACUGGAAAAAUCCUUAGCCACAGUGGAGGUUAAAGAAGAAGGGUGGUGACUGAAGAUGAGACAGAUGGCCCUGCAGGACACCGUCCACAAGAUGGCGCCUACUACCCUCAAUUUUAAUCAAAUGGUUAAUGUUCUAAACUUGAACAUAAAACAACAGCCUUGUUGGUAUUAAUAUAAAUAUAUUAAUAUUGUCAGACUUGAUUUUUGUUUUUCAGUCACUGAAGCUUCUUUUUUUUUUUAUGUCCAAACUGUACAGAAUCCCAGCUUGUCACAUUAAUAAUACAUAUGUCAAAACUGUCUAGCAGUAGCUAAUUUG